AGGGUACGUUGCGUGGCUGAAAGUGGAUAAAAGAAGCAAAUAUAUCCUUCUCUAUCGCCUAUUCAAAUGUUUCUUUCGGGGCAUGCAUGCGUGAUUCUCUUUUAUACUUAAUCAUUGAAUAACUGCAGGUCGCCGGCGAGGCACGAACUUUGUUGAUUUAAUACUGCAACAGAAAUAUGUAUAUAAUGUUGAAAUGGAUAUGUAAUCUUGUCUGCAAAAACAUGCAAUGCAACCAUUUACAUGAUUUAUGAGUGCACUGAUAUCACGGAGGCGUUCGUGCAAACGGCUGAUAGCAGAAAACAACGCAAUGUUGGGUCUGACAAAUUUUCGUCUCGUCUCCGACGUACGUGAUAUAGCCUGCAAUCUCGUCGAUCUGUUUGGAUGCCUGCUUUAUCAGUGCUGAGCUGCAAUUGAAUUUUUAAUUCUUACCAGUACAGAUCAAAAGAAUCUUUUCAUGCCGUGAUCAUGGCGUCCUCGGUGUUGUGAAAAAAAUGGCUGCUUCCACUGUAUGUUUAUGAGCUGAAGAGGAUUAUGUGAAGUACCAUCGGAAAACAUGCAGACAGUUCAAACGAAGACCUUUUAUACUUGACGAAUAUGGAAUCUUGAAUGGUUUUGACAUUCUCGUCAUAUGUGUCUAAAUGUUUUUGGUGUCUACCAGCAAAAGGUCUGUGACAUAAUUAUUUCCUGCAGACAUUGUAAAUGAUUGGCGAACAGCCUUCUUCUAAAUUCAGUUUGUUCUAUCUGCAAAAAUCAUGAAAAUGGCAGGUUGUGACUGCCGUUUUAACGUGCCUGCCAUCAAAACAUCUAUAGCCCUGUUCCUACAAACAUUGUAUGCAUUAGGAACACUCAAGUCCAUUGGUGUAUACGUGCCUAAAUUGAUGGUUGGUCUUGGUCUAACUCCGACCCAUAUUGGACUUAGUCUUGGAUUAUUUGGUGCCUUUGCGUUCAUCCCAGGUCCAUUCAUAACCUAUGUCUACCUGCGUCUAAGCGGUGGAUCCCGAUGGUUUCUUGUCAUGACAGGGGCGGUUCUAUGUCCACUGGCCCUUAUUGCAGGCGGCUUUGUGACCAAUGCCCCUCAGCUAGCCUUCUGCCUCUCAGCUGCAGGGUUUGGAUCCAACAUCCUUUCCAUCGCAAUCGUCAUCACGCUCCGGAAACAAUGCAACGAGAACUUCGGGAUCUACUACGGCAUCGGCAAGGCCGGGUACGCCUUCGGUAUGGCCCUUGUGCCUCUGGUUGCAGAUUACCUGAUGGAGCUGUACGGCUGGAGAGGUUCCAUCAUGAUGAUCGGUGCCCUCAUGGCCAACGUAAUCCCUUUUACCAUGCUGGUGGAUAUCAACGUAGAGGGCGCCGUAAACGAACCUCAGGUGGAUGCUUCUGAAGAUCAACGUGUGCAGAUGGAGAGUGAAGACACAGAAGACGUUGACAGUGGCAGUUCAGGAUUGAUGAGUGAGGCGUCGAAUCGAGGUUCUGAGGUCGGGGCGUCUGGGAGCGUCCACAGCCCUGGCCAUCAUGGCAGUACUGAAGCUGACAAUAUCAAUGAGCAUGAUGACGAACCCGUUGAUGGAGUCGACAAUGAAGAAGCAAUUAGCGACGAAACAAGAUUGCUGGGGGAGUCGCCUAUUCGGCGAAGGCAUACUCCGGUAUCAGAUAAUCAUCGCAGGACUAGUAGGGCCACAACGCGGACGAAAAGUACGGAAAUUUACGAAACCGCUUGUACGACUCUUAAGAAUUCUGUGUUUAACCGUGAUCGCUGGCUGAUUCAUUUAAUGUUCGUCACCUUCGUCUAUUCCAUGGUGAAUGGAACUUGGAACGGCUUCUUGAUUCCUCGAGCGGUCGAACGAGGCUUCCUUACAACAGUAGCCGUGUCAUUUGCCUAUUCCGCAGCGGUAGGGGCAUUCAUUGGCCGCUUCUUCGGGGGCUUCAUCUUGCGACUGAACCGCUUCUCGUCACAAGAAUGGUUCCUCUUCUUGACCCUCGUCAACAUCUCGUCGCUCGCGGCAGAUAUCAUGGUGGAUAGGUACGGUUUGAUGAUUGUGACAUCGUUUGUAAGUUGCCUGACCCUCGCCGAAAGAAGUACUCUGGUCUUGGUGAUUUGUACGGAGAGGGUGACCCAAUCGGAGUUUCCGGUAAUCCUCGCGACGUCGGAGAUUGUCUUCGGGGUCGGGACAUUUCUUGGAGCUUCUCUGGGAGGUUACUGCGCCUAUAUUUUUCACAACUUCAACGCGUCUUAUGUUUUCGUCGCAGCUACAGAUGCCUUUGUAUUUUGCCUAAUGAUUCCACCAGUAGUUGCCAAAAGGAUAAACAAUACAAGAACAGGAGAUCGAUGACGACGUCGAUGGUGACGAAGAUGGUGACGAUGUUUGUACUAGGGCGUUACUCACUUGAAAGUCCUCCAUGCCAAAUGAAAUGGAUGAAAAUAAAAAUGGUGGAGGUGUUAUUGAUAAAGAAGACACCGAUGAAGAUUAUUUUAGAUAUUAUUAUUAUGUUGAAGACGAUUAUGAUGAUGAUGGUGAUGAUGAUGAUUCUGAUGUGAUGACGGUGAUGAGGAUGAUGACGCUGAUGACGCUGAUGGUGAACGCGAUGCUGAUGAUCAUUGAUGCUCAGAUCUGACUUCUGCUGAAAUUGCUCCUAGUAUCAUGAGUAAAGUUUUAAUCGCACCACAAUCCAUUAAAGGUCAAGUCCACCCUAGAAAAAUGUUGAUUUGAAUAAAUAGAGAAAAAUCAAAUGAGCAUAAUGCUGACAAUUUUAUUAAAAUCGGAUGUAAAAUAAGAAAGUUAUGAAAUUUUGAAGUUUUGCUUAUUUUUCACAAAACGGUAAUGUGCACAACUCAGUGACAUGCAAAUGAAACAGUCGAUGACGUCCCUUACUAUUUCUUGUUUUUUAAUUGUUUGAGUUAUACAAUAUUUCAUUUUUUACAAAUUCGAAAAUAAGGACCAACUUGACUGUACCAUAUAGUAUUAAACAAUGCUAAUUCCACGUGAUCAGGGAUGAAUUAAUCGUUUCACUUGACAAUGAGGAGAAAAUUAGAAUAUCAAAUACAAAAGAAAUAGAGAGUGGAUGAAGUCAUCUGUCUGCUCAUUUGCAUAUCGACCAGUAUGUGCAUGUAACUGUUUUGCGAAAUUAAGCGAAAAUUUAAAAUGACAUAACUUUCUGAUUUUACAUCUGAUUUUGAUGAAAUUAUCAGUGUUAUGCUUGUUGAUUUUUCCCUUUUUAUUCAAAUCAACUUUUUGUUGGGGUAGACUUGUCCUUUAAAGGGGAAUCCAGCCUUGGCCAUAAAAUGUUGUGUUGGGAAGGAAAAAAUAAAUUAAACAGAAUGGUGAAAGUUUGAAAGAAAUCGGACAAGCAGUUAGAAAGUUAUAGCUGCUUUAAAAUUGAGAUCACUAAUAGUAUGUACAUUUCAAAUUGGCAACUGUGUAAGUAAAUUAUGACAAGGGGCAAGGACAACUUUCCCAUAGGCCAUGUACUUUAUUAUCAGGGAUUUGUGGUUUUCUCCUAAGUAUCCAUUCCCCUGGGGCAGUAAUCUAAAUAUAACCCAGGUAGUAUAUUGUUUAAUGUCCUCAUGAAAGAAACAUAUAAUUUGAAGUAAAACUUUUGGGAAAAAUGACAUCUUAGCCAUAAUAUGUAUUGGAGUACAUGGAAGAGUGCCUUACAUCACUAUGACGUCCCAUAUGCGGCCAAUUUGAAGUGUCCAUGAGUAUAGUGAUUACGAAUAUUUACAACUUAAAAAAAAUCAUAAUUUUCUUGUUGUUUGUCCAAUAUUGUACAAACUUUCACCAAUCAACUUGUCUGAUUUUACUUUUUCUUAUAAAAACAGGUUUUAAUUUGGGUUGGAUUCCCCUUUAACAAUGCAAUACCAUUAUGCAUUUAUGUAAAGGCCGACUUUAUUUAAUUAGAUUUCAAACUGCAUUGAAUAUAAUUUCAAUAACAAAGGGUAAAUGUGUUGAUUAAUAUCAGUGUUUUGUUAAUAAUUACAAUGCAGAAUACAUUAAACUGACCGGCAAUUUUAAUUUCUAACCGAAAUAUUAUAGUGAAACAAUAUGGACUGACUUGCCGAAUGUAGGGUCCCGUUUCAUAAUGAACAAAUAAUAAUAAUAUACUAGUAAUAUAGGGUAUUUAUAUUGCGCACAUAUCCACCUUGUUAGGUGCUCAAGGCGCUCCUAUAUUACCAUAGCGCAUACAGCUUUUUAAGGAAUUCCUACCGGUACCAAUUUACCUCACCUGAGUU